GUGGAGCGCUGCAGAGCCUCGGAGGAGCCUCCAGACACUUUGAGCCCCGGGCCGUUCAGGUCACAGAGACUCAGCGGGGUUAUGUGAUGUUAUGAGGCUCUUGGAAGCUGGUCGCGUCUUUGGGAAACGGGAAUUUAACUGGAUUAUAUUCUAAUCGGGUCAUUAAACAAUAUCUGCUGGAUUUGGUUCAAGAGGAUGGAGUUGAGGAAAAUUGUGCCAAAUCUGCUUGUCCUGUACGUUGCGUUUGGACACUUCUCCGAAUCGUCGGAAUUUAAAGUGAUUAAUGUAUUGGAGCUCCAUGAUGCACGUCAGACAGCUGCAGCUAUAGAGAGUCUGUCUGGAGCGCUGCAGACGGUAGGAGAUCUGUACAUCACCUCCACCUUCAUGCUGCCACCCAAACUCAGCGGCGUAUUGUUCGGUCUCUAUGAUAAAGAGGACAACAAGAAAUACCUGGAGGUUGCUGUUGUAGGCAAUAUCAACAAAUUACUGGUUCGAUACUUGUGCUCUGAUGGAAAAGCUCAUGCUGUCAAUUUACAAAACCCAGUCCUCGCUGAGGGACGCACCCAAUCACUUAUACUCAGAAUGAGUGGACUGAGACGCAGUCACAUAAACCUAGAGCUUUACGUAAACUGCCGUUUGGUGGACUCUGCUCAGGGCCUCCCUUCAUUUGUCGGGCUUCCAUCAAAGGCAGAAUAUUUGGAUGUUCGCACCGGACAGAAAUCUUAUGCCAGGAUACAGGGUUCAAUAGAGUCUGUUAAACUAGCUCUCGGAGGCUCUCUCGCUACAGCUGGUCUUCUCAUUGACUGUCCAUUCCAAGGAGAUUCAGCUAUAAGCAAUGCAGUAGGCAGUGACAUUAAUGCCAUCCUCGGUGAUCACACCAAAGCUCUGAUCGGACAGUUGAUCAUCUUUAACCAGAUCAUGGGAGAGCUGAGAGAGGAUAUCAGAGAACAGACAAAAGAGAUGUCUCUCAUCAGAAACACUAUUCUUGAAUGUCAAGUGUGUGGAUUCCAUGAGCCUCAGUCCCGAUGUCAUCCUAACCCCUGCUAUAACGCUGUGAGCUGCAUGGAGAGCACGAUGUACCCAGGAUAUCAGUGCGGCCCCUGUCCAGAGGGCAUGACUGGAAACGGAACACACUGCCAGGACAUUGAUGAGUGUACUGCUCAGCCCUGUUUUUCUGCAGAGUUGUGUGUGAACACAGCUAAAGGCUUCACCUGUGAGUCCUGUCCCAUAGGAUUCACUGGUCCAACACUCAGGGGGGUUGGUGUUGAGUUUGCCAAGAGCCACAAGCAGGAAUGUGUUGAUAUUGAUGAGUGUGCUGAGCACUCUGUUGCCUGUGUGCCCAACUCAGUCUGUAUAAAUACAGUGGGAUCGUUCAAGUGUGGCCAGUGUAAAGCUGGAUUUGUGGGUAAUCAGACUGCAGGCUGUUUUGCAAGGAGGACGUGUGAAACUCUGGGCUAUAACCCCUGUGAUGUGAAUGCACACUGUAUGAUGGGCCGCAACAGUGACAUUUCCUGUGUGUGUAACGUUGGCUGGGCAGGUAAUGGGAACACCUGUGGUCCAGACUCAGACAUUGAUGGUUAUCCUGAUGGGCCUCUUCCAUGCAUUGACAACGACAAACACUGCAGAGCGGACAACUGUGCAAAUACCCCAAACUCUGGGCAAGAGGACACAGAUGGAGAUGGGAUUGGUGAUCAAUGUGACGAGGAUGCAGACGGAGAUGGAAUUAAAAAUGUUGAGGACAACUGUCGUCUGGUACCCAAUAAGGACCAGCAGAACUCUGACACAGACUCCUAUGGCGAUGCUUGUGAUAACUGCCCCAACGUUCCCAAUGGAGAUCAGCUUGAUACUGAUGGCAAUGGCAAGGGAGACAUCUGUGACAAUGAUAUUGAUGGAGAUGGCAUCCCUAACGUGUUGGAUAACUGUCCUAAGAUACCCAACCCCAUGCAGACAGACCGAGAUGCAGAUGGUGUAGGAGAUGCGUGCGACAGCUGUCCUGAGGUCAACGAUCCAUUGCAGUCAGAUAUGGACAACGAUUUGGUGGGAGAUGUAUGUGAUACAAACAAGGACAUGGAUGGUGAUGGUUAUCAGGACACGCGGGAUAACUGCCCUGAAGUGCCCAACAGUUCUCAGCUGGACUCAGAUAAUGAUGGCAUCGGGGACGAGUGUGAUGAUGAUGAUGAUAAUGAUGGAAUUCCAGAUAUCCUUCCUCCCGGCCCAGAUAACUGCAGACUUGUUCCCAACCCCAGUCAAAAAGAUACUGAUGCUAAUGGGGUUGGUGACAUGUGUGAGACAGACUUUGACAAUGAUAAGGUGACUGACUUGAUGGAUGCAUGCCCUGAAAGUGCAGAGGUCACUAUGACAGAUUUCAGGGCAUUUCAGACAGUCAUUCUCGACCCGGAAGGAGAUGCUCAGAUCGACCCCAACUGGGUGGUACUGAAUAAGGGAAUGGAGAUUGUGCAGACCAUGAACAGCGACCCUGGUUUGGCUGUGGGCUACACAGCAUUUAAUGGUGUUGAUUUUGAGGGAACAAUCCAUGUGAACACAGCCACUGAUGAUGAUUAUGUGGGAUUCAUCUUUGGCUAUCAGGACUCUUCCAGCUUCUAUGUGGUGUUGUGGAAACAGACAGAACAGACAUAUUGGCAGAAUUUACCUUUCAAAGCCUCAGCUCAGCCUGGACUACAGCUUAAGGCAGUGAAGUCUCGUACAGGUCCUGGUGAGUAUCUGCGUAAUGCCCUGUGGCACACAGGAGACACACCAGGGGAAGUUACUUUGCUCUGGAAGGACCCAAGGAAUGUGGGUUGGAAGGACAGAACUUCCUAUGGCUGGCACCUCACUCACCGCCCACAGGUGGGCUACAUACGAUUAAGAUUGUAUGAAGGUACAGCACUGGUGGCAGAUUCAGGAGUCCUGAUAGACACAACUAUGAGAGGGGGGCGGCUGGGCAUCUUCUGCUUCUCUCAGGAGAACGUCAUAUGGUCUAAUCUUGGCUAUAGAUGCAAUGAUUCUAUUCCAGAUGACUUUAUGCUGUACCAGAAGCAUAUGAAUGUGAGGACAUAAGCAUCCCCUCAUCUCAAGAAGCUGUGUGUUUAUGUAUUAUGUGUGUUCAGAGAGGUAGGAUGAGAUAACGAUUGAAAUUAGUUUUUUAUCUUUUGAAAUUCUGAAGAGUAUCAAAAUUAUACACUACACAGCACACGUUUGCAUUGUGCACCAUCAUGAGUAUUAUGGUGUGGUAUAAGAAAAAUGUUUUACUGUGCUAUUUGGGUGAGAAUCAACAAACCCUAAGAUAUAAAGCUAAUGGAAUAAAUGUUCUAAAUAUUUAAAAGCAAUUAAUAAGGUUGUAAAUUAAUACAGGCAAUACAAAUGACUAAAUAAGUUGACUGAAUUUGGCGGCUUGCAAAUAUGUUCAUAAAAAAGAGUCCAUAGACAUUUGUGCAUGAUAAAUGUGCACAGUUGUGUUGUCUUGAUUCAGUGAUUGAGCCAUUUUCUCAUGGUUUUCCCAUCCAGGUCCUCAUAAAGCCACUUUCAUCCAAAGAGACUAUGAUUGUGAGGUUAUUUUGGUCAUUUCAGUACCAUGGACAGUGCUCUACUACAUAUCUGCCACAGUGUGGCACAAAACUUUACUGAAGAAAAUAAAUAAGGGCGUUUAGAAAAAUGCAUAACAGGAGUAUUUGUAUGAUUUAGCCCAGACAUAAACAAUUUGGUGGUUAGCCAUGGUGUGA